CAGAGGCCUGCAGGGAGGGGACGCAAGGAGCGCAGGGGCCUAGAGGGCUCCGCGAAAACUGUGAGCCUGGCGGCCGGCGGGGAGGCGGCCGGUGUGGGCGGGCGGGAGAGGAGCCCCGUUCCCGGAGCAGGCCGACGAGGCGGCUUACGGAGCAGACAGACAGCAGGGAGGGCCACCAUGCCCCCACUGCUGCACCCCGCCUUGCCGCUGCUCCUGGGCGCCACGCUGACCUUCCGGGCGCUCCGGCGCGCGCUCAGCCGCCUGCCCCUGCCCGCGCACGUGCGCGCCGACCCCCUGCGCACCUGGCGCUGGCACAACCUGCUGGUCUCCUUCGCCCACUCCAUUGUGUCCGGGGUCUGGGCGCUGCUGUGUCUAUGGCAGACCCCCGAGAUGCUGGUGGAGAUUGAGACGGCAUGGUCGCUUUCUGGCUAUCUACUGGCUUGCUUCUCCGCAGGGUAUUUCAUCCACGACACGGUGGACAUCGUGGUUAGUCGUCAGACACGAGCUUCUUGGGAAUACCUCGUUCAUCACCUCAUGGCCCUGGGUGCCUUCUUUUCAGGCAUCUUUUGGAACAGUUUUGUUGGCGGGGGAGUCCUGACAUUGCUGGUGGAGGUCAGCAACAUAUUCCUCACCAUCCGCAUGAUGAUGAAGAUAAACAAUGCCCAGCACCUCCUCCUGUACCGGGUCAACAAGUAUGUCAACUUGGUCAUGUACUUUCUGUUCCGCCUGGCCCCUCAGGCCUACCUCACCCACUUCUUCCUGCGUUAUUUGGGCCAGAGGACCCUGGGCACCUUUCUGCUGGCUAACCUGCUCAUGCUGGACAUCAUGAUCCUCAUCUACUUUUCCCGCCUCCUCCGCUCAGACUUCUGCCCUGAGCGCGUCCCCAGCCAGCAACACAAAGACAAGUUUUUGACAGAGUGAGAGGCACAAAGCCUGCAACUUGUGGCAAGAGCAAACACAGCCAAGGGCAGCCUCACACAUGGGAUGAGAGAAGUAGCCCCAAGCCUGGGGCAUCUUCAGAGGCCGGCCUCUGCACCUACUAUUGAAAAUGCUAAUGAAGGCACUCCUCUGAAGUCCUUGUCCUUUCUUGGGCAAGGGGUGAGGGAAGCAGACAGACCGGUUGGACAUGGUCAUUGGGUGUGGGGACUGGUGCGAUGAAAGCCAGCCAGUCCACACUGCCCUGAAGUGGAUGCUAAUGAGGACUCUGUGUACUGGUUUCCUACAAAGCCCCUUCCAGAUAAAGGGAGGGAUUCUUGUCUGUACUCUUACCCCCAUGAUGGUGGCAAAUUGUAGUUGUCCUAGAACAAGGAAACUUAAUCUGGGUCACAAAUAUCUGAGCUCCCACUGUCAGGAUUAAUAAGUGUGGUGAGGUAAGAAGGCAGAGUGUUCCAACAGGGUUAAGUAGACCAAAAUCUUGCCCAAACCUUGUUAACAUAAGUGUGUGUAUACCACAGUAUGGCCUCCCCAAAGCCCAACCAGAAAUCAACAAAGAAACAUAUAUGGUGAAA